CGAGAGGAGCGCUUGUUGGAGUCAACUAGACAGCCUACUGGCAACGAGUGGUGAUUUCUUUUUUUCCCUCCCUCUCUCUGCCUCAGUCAGGCUGGAUAUAGGCUACAGUGCUUCAGUUUCUCUGCAGCCACACAUAAGAUGCGUUUUGAACGUACAGUAAGCUCUGGCAUCGCCUCAUCCCAACUGGCUGCAUUUUCAGCGGAUUUUUUUUUUCUUUCUCUUUUUGUGCGCCUGGACUAUUGACUGGGAUCUGUUUUAGCCUUUCCAAGUGAGAUGAGAGGGAAUUAAUUAGGAAGUGGAAGCUUGAAGACUUGAGGAGGGGGUUGGAAGAAGGACUAAAUCUGCUGGAAAUUAAAAGGUAAUCGGGAGUUUGAGUGAUGUGAUGAGACAUUCCUUCAACUGCACCCCUUUUACGCAAAAAGAUAUCCGGACUGUUGAACAUUUCCUUGCUUGAAGAUCUUUUUUUUAUUGAGAUGCAAUUUUCAAGAGGAUUUUUUUAAAAAUAGCUGCUUCUAAUUAAAAAGAGUGAUUAUUUUUAUCCAAAGAAAAGGACGACCUGAAUAUCGACCCCCUGUCAGGUCGGGGCGGUGAAAUUCACACAGACUUUUCAGCCACAUCGCUCCAUCUGCGCGAAAGAUAAAGAUUUCUGCGGACUUGAGUCUCUGCAGUAUUUUUUUCUCCUCCCUUUCGCUCUCUUGAAAAAAUGAACACUUUAACAUAUGAAGCGUGCGUAAGGUCAGUUUUCUGCUCUUUGAGAGCUGCGCGGAUUUCCACGGCUAAAUCCCAACUGUAAGGAGAUUCAGCAUGUUUUCACUAUUCUGUCGCGCUCAGUGUUUCUCCCGCUGCAGCAGACCGGAGGAUGUGCUCUGCCUGAGAAGAAUCAAAUAGGCACUUGUUAGAAUUAGAGCUCAUUGACUGCAAAUAGAAGAGACAUUCAAUCAAACUUAGUUUCUUUUUCUUUUCUUUAAGAGAUGAUUUAUCUGCGCGUUUUUCUCUCCUAUUUUUGACGCGCAUCCUUGUGCGUAAUUCUUCAGAAAAACUCAACAGGUUCAACAGCAAGCCCUGGAGAUGGAAUUAAUACAAAUAGCCUCCGUUUUCCUUUUAUUCUGGGUCGGAACUGAGGCUGUUAUCAACCUGAAAUAUGGAAUAAACGAGGAGAUGAAGCCCGGGUCGGUGAUUGGGAACGUUACGAGGGACGCGCUCAUGCAGGGAUUUCAGAUUGCGCCGCAGCCUCCUUACUUGAGGGUUAUUUCCAAUUCAGAACCGCGAUGGGUGGAACUCAGUCCGGCCGGGAUUCUUACAACCCAGAUGAAGAUAGAUCGGGAUGUAGUUUGCAGACAGAACCCGAAGUGCAUUAUUUCCCUAGAAGUGAUGUCAAACUCCAUGGAGAUCUGCGUAAUCAAAGUUGAAAUCGAGGAUUUGAACGACAACGCGCCCCGGUUCCCGACGAGCCACAUUGACAUAGAAAUUUCCGAGAACGCAUCCCCUGGUACCAGGUUUCCCCUAGAGGGUGCGAGCGAUCCGGACUCGGGGAUCUUUGGAGUGCAGUCCUAUUCCAUCACCCCGAACGAGCUUUUCGGGCUAGAAAUAAAAACUAGAGGGGACGGAUCCAAGAUCGCAGAGCUGGUUGUGCAGAAAUCUUUAGACAGAGAGACCCAGUCCCACUAUACGUAUGAAAUCAGUGCAGAGGACGGAGGAGACCCUCCGAAGAUAGGCGCGGUCCAGUUAAACAUUAAAGUGAUAGAUUCGAAUGACAACAACCCCGUUUUUGACGAGCCGGUUUACACGGUGAAUGUGAUGGAGAACUCCCCCGUCAACACAUUAGUCAUAGACCUGAACGCCACGGAUCCUGACGAGGGCACUAAUGGAGAGAUUGUGUACUCGUUCAACAGUUACGUCACCGAGAAAACGAGGGAGGCUUUCAAAAUUGACCCCAGGACGGGGAUCAUCACGGUCAACGGCGUGUUGGAUUACGAGACCACGCAGAUCUAUGAGAUCGACGUCCAGGCCAAAGAUCUGGGUCCCAACUCCAUCCCGGCUCACUGCAAAGUCACAGUGAACGUGAUGGACACGAACGACAACCCACCUGUGAUCAGCCUGCUCUCGCUGAACACAGAGAUGGUGGAAGUGAGUGAGAACGCGCAGCGUGGGUAUGUGAUUGCGCUGGUGAGGGUGUCAGAUAAGGACUCGGGGGCCAAUGGGAAAGUGAAGUGCACCCUGCAGGGCAAUGUUCCCUUCAGGCUGCAAGAGUAUGAGAGCUUCUCCACCAUUCUGGUCGACGGGAGGCUGGACAGAGAGCAGAAGGACACCUUCAACCUGACCAUCCAGGCAGAGGACAGCGGCAUCCCUCAGCUACGCGCCACCAAAUCUCUGGUGGUCAAAGUCACAGAUGAGAAUGACAAUCCGCCACACUUCCUAAAGCCACACUAUCAAGAGAUGGUGAUGGAGAACAACCUCCCAGGUUCCUGUCUGCUGGCUGUGUCAGCAGAGGACCCAGAUCUGGGCAUGAAUGGCACAGUCUCCUACUCUAUAGUCCCUGGUGAGAUUAAACACAUGGAUGUAAACACAUACGUGAGCAUAAACCCAUCAGGCCGCAUUUACUCCAUGAGAUCAUUCGAUCAUGAAUACACCAGGACUUUUGACUUCAAAGUUCUGGCAAGAGACAACGGCAACCCCUCCUUGUCCAGCAACGCCACAGUUCGCAUUGUGGUGCUGGACGUCAACGACAACACGCCUGUGAUGACAAACCCCCCGCUGGUCAACGGUACAGCGGAGGUCUCCAUCCCGAGGAACGCCGGGGUGGGGUACAUGGUGACCCAGGUGAAGGCUGAUGACUAUGAUGAAGGGGAGAACGGGCGGCUGACCUACACCAUCUCAGAGGGCGAUAGGGCCUUCUUUGAGAUCGACCAGGUGAAUGGAGAGGUGCGCUCCACCAGGAUGUUUGGGGAGAACGCCAAGUCCACCUAUGAGAUCACAGUGGUGGCCAGGGACCAUGGCAAACCCUCCCUCUCUGCCUCGGCCUACAUCGUGGUGUACCUCUCUCCGGAUCUGAACGCCCAAGAGACCAUCGGACCCGUCAACCUGUCUCUCAUAUUCAUCAUCGCCCUGGGCUCCAUUGCAGCCAUCCUCUUCAUCACCAUGAUCUUUGUGGCGGUCAAAUGCAAGAGGGACAACAAGGAGAUCCGGACAUACAACUGCAGUUUCUUCUACUUGCGCAGGGUGGCGGAGUACUCCUACGGCAACCAGAAAAAAUCCAGCAAGAAGAAGAAGCUGAGCAAGAACGACAUCCGCCUGGUGCCGCGAGACGUCGAGGAGACAGACAAGAUGAAUGUGGUGAGUUGCUCAUCUCUCACCUCCUCGCUCAACUACUUCGACUACCACCAGCAGAGCCUGCCACUGGGCUGCAGGCGCUCCGAGAGCACCUUCCUCAACGUGGAGAACCAGAACUCACGCAAUGCGGCCCCCAACCACGGCUAUCAGCACUCGUUCACAGGGCAGGGUCACCAGCAGCCAGACCUCAUCAUCAACGGCAUGCCACUGCCAGAGACGGAGAAUUAUUCCAUUGAUUCCAGUUAUGUGAACAGCAGAGCCCACCUCAUUAAAAGGCCCCCAUGUAGCACAUCAACGUUCAAGGACCUGGAGGGCAACAGCCUGAAGGACAGCGGCCACGAGGAGAGCGACCAGACCGACAGCGAACAUGACGUCCAGAGAGGACACUAUGUUGACACGGCUGUCAAUGACAUGCUGAACAUGACCGUCCCCCCCAAUGUUUGCCAGCUGCCAGACCAAGAUCCUGGAGAGGGAUUCCACUGCCAGGAUGAGUGUCGCAUAUUGGGCCACUCUGACCGCUGCUGGAUGCCUCGGGUUUCGGUCCCAGCACGCGCCAAGUCACCCGAGCACGCUCGCAACAUCAUCGCUUUGUCCAUCGAGGCCACCACGGUGGACGUGCCGCACUAUGAGGACGGCACAAUCAAGAGGACUUUUGCCACCUUUGGCAAGGAUGGGCCAGAGGAUGUUGAACGGGGAGAGGUGAAGGGAAAGCGGACUCAGGAGUCUCAGGUGUGCAGCCCCAAGGCCAACGGAGGGGCUGUUCGCGAAGCUGGCAAUGGGCGUGAGGCCGCCAGUCCCAUCACCUCCCCUGUGCACCUGAAGAGCCCGAUGUCCAAGGCGUCAUCUUCCUACAAUACACUGAAAUGUCGUGACGCAGAGCGGAUCGCAAACCACAGCCUGUUGCGGCAGCCUGAGGGGAAGGACAGUGAGCCAGCCGUCAGGGAGAUCAACACGCUCCUGCAUGACGGCCGAGACAAGGAGUCCCCCAGCAGCAAGCGCCUGAAGGACAUUGUACUUUAGCAAGCAUCUUGGCGACACUCCAACAUGCACACACAUAUACAGUGUAAACUCACAUAUAUAUAUUUACCCCGCGGUCGCUGUGUGUACACAGCCCUGCUGUGGAAGUGUAGAGACACACCCAUUUGCAGAAUCCAAAACC